CGGGAGGUCGCGGCGGCGGAAAACCGUCAGGAUCCGAGGAGCCUCCUCGAGGACAUUUUCCGAAGGGCCGAUACCGACGAGAACCAAUUGCUGGAUAUCCAGGAACUGGCCAAGUGGAUCCACGCGAAGAUCACCGAGCAUAUCACGCGCGCCAUGCGCGAGAACGUCGGCCUGUUCACCGCCAUCGACAACAAUCCCAGAAACGGUGAGGUAUCGUGGGACGAAUAUCACGCUUAUUUCCUGAGGAUUCACGGUUUCUCCGAGACCUACAUAAAUUCCCACAACAAGAAGCACAGCGAGAUGCCGAGGGCGCUGAAGGAGAGCAUAAUGAGGGAUCGUGCGCGGUGGGCCGAGGCAGCUAGGAACGAUCCCGAGAAGUUGGCGCUGGACGAAUUUCUAGCUUUCACACAUCCCGAGAGCAGUCACCGAGCUCUUCUGCAAAUGGUGGAGGACCUCUUUGAAAAAUUCGAUCGGGACGGUGACGAGCAGCUAACGGAAGACGAAUUCUCGGAUUUGCCGUCGGAAGGGAUCGGUCUGGAUUUACGCGAAGAUCGACAGCAGCCGAUAGGAGGCAGCGAAGACAGGCGUAAGGAGUUCCGACAUCUGAUUGACAAGAAUAAAAACGGGAAAGCGGAUCGAACCGAACUGCUGAUGUACAUCGAUCCACGAAAUCCCAGACAUGCUAUCCAAGAGGCCCAGCACUUGAUCACUCUGUCGGACACGAAUUUGGACGGGAAAGUGGAUCUUUCGGAGAUUCUGAGCAAGAUGGACCUAUUUCUCGACAGCAAGAUGGUAGACACCGAGAAAAGUUUUCACGAUGAAUUUUGAUAAUUUCCGCGUGUAAACGAAUGUAAUUAUAAACAUUGGAAAUUGAAAUGGAAGGUUCCUGCUUCGGGAUACUGAGAGGUUUUAGACAAUAUGAUUUUUCCAUCGAUGGUCAAUAAAGGAAGACCAAUAAUGUAGUUAAUUAAUCGAUUUGUGCAGGGUACACAUUAGCAAACUUUAACGGAGUUUCUUUACAAACGUUAAUCGACUUAUCGCGCAAAUAGAAAUUGUAGGCUUUUAGAACGUAUCUGUGAUAGUCUUUACGACGUAGAUUGAAUAUCGUUUAAGUAGGCACAAUUAUUAGAAGUAUUUGAAGUUAUGACUAUAAUGGCGGAUAAGCGGUACGUUAAUUUGUGAUAAACAAGGAAAUGAUUCAAUCAGAUCGUUUACACUUAGGAUGAUCAAUAAUUAAUUGGAUGAACGACGAUAAUAUGAAGGGUUGCAAAUCCGUCCUUUUGUAGACUCUCUUUCGCGACUUCUUAGUGUUUCUCGUGUGUGAAUAGGUCGUAAACUAUAUCUAGAAGACUUAUUUAGAUUCCAGAUACAGAGAUUAAAAAAAGAAUUCUCCGUUUUGAAUUAUCGGUCUAAAGAUAUCGUUUGAAUCGUGCAAGAAGAAAAUAUCAGAGAUAAUAAAUAACAUAAUAUAACUAUUUAAUUUGUGAUAUUAAUGAGGUAAUUAAUAUUAAUAUAUACAACAAUACGUUCGUACGUUAUACAUAUGAUAAAAUGAUAAUAUAAUGUCACGAUAUUAUAUAAUGUAAUAUUAUAUAUUUAACAUGAAACAAAUACAUUGAAGGCGAGAAACUGCAAAAAGUUUACGAAAUUGAAAAGCGGGAAAUGUCUGAAGAUGUUAUGACCAAAAUAUGAAUUAACAUAAUAGCCCGCUUUGACGAAGGCCUCUGACAACUUGGAGAACUGAAAUGCAACUCGUUGCUCACUAUAUCGACGAAAAAUGUACAUAUAUUUGACGACUUAAUGUAAUCUCAUUUUAAGGUAAAAUUUCGUAUUACAUACAUUUUAAAAAGAAAAAUCGAUGUUCCUUCGUAGAAAGAUUUGCUAGCGCCGUUUUUCUAUAUGUGAUCUGGCACAAUAAAACAAUUAUUUAGAAACAA